AAGGAAUUGGUUUGGAUGAGCAAUGCCCACUGUGUGUUCGACGAAAAGACUCAAAAAGACGUAGUCACAUCCACAACGAUUGGAUCUUGCUUGGACGAAGGGGGUUGGCAGGUCCUACUUUUAGCUCAGAUCUUGGGCUCAUCUUCCACUAUGGAAUUAUUUCAAGCUACACGGAUGGUGGUUGAGGAUCAACAAGGGUGGCCAUAGAGCUUUCGAAUGACCACAUAUGGAUUGCAAGCUUCUGAUGAAAAUAAAGAUUGGAGACACAAUGGAGACUUAGAACUGGCGAGUCACGACCAUGGACAACAUACAACCAUUUAGUAAAAUUUUGGUCGUGCAUCGCACGAGUACGAAAUCUAGGAGGCAAAUUGGAACAAUAAAUUGACCAAUUGGAAAGAGUGUUCCCGCCAGCUUCUUUUGUAAGCUAAUCGCUCCUGGCUCUAUACGCUUUUCUUAUCGGGGGCUACACUUUUCUCUUCUAUUAUAUCAACAUGAGAAGGAAAAGCAACUAGGGCAACAUGGCUUCGGACGGAACAAGGUGGGUGACUAUAACGCCGGCUAACCUUCAACCCUAGCCUCGCUGGAUUCUGGCAGUACGGAGGGGCUUUGACCGGAAACUACAGUGCAUCGAUUGGUCUGCAAUGAAUGAGAAGUCAACGAGCUCAACCAGAUCCGGCUAAAUACUCUAAUGGUAGAAGCCAGAUUUCUUCCCAUUCCAUCAUCUCAAUCUCCUAAAAGCAUGAAAAAGAUCCGGCUAAAGCAUGGGUGUACGGUAUAUAGACAAGACGGGUAAGAGAAUCUAUCUUACGAUAUCACAUUUUCUUCAUCUCCAUUUUACGCCAUGUCGAAUUAGAUGCUCUAUUUUUUGUAAAGGCAAUAAAAUUUAAUUAGUAAUUUAAUUUCCAUAUUACUGAGUGUUUCAAUGGUAGCAGCUUAGGCCACUGGUCUUUCUCAAGAGUAGUCUUCACUUUUCUCAUUUAGUCCAUCACACAAACGAUAUUAGAAGCGAAAUUGGUUGAAAAUGCUAUUUGGAAGGAAGAGUUGCAUCAGUUGCUGAUCUGAAAUUAGUUCCAGGUUAAUGGGGCUGUCAAUACAUGUAAAAGAGAAGAUUCGCAUGUUAUUUCUAAGCGAUUCAGAAAUUACUUCAACUUUUCUCAUCCUCUAAUGAGGCUAGGAACGCUCCCCCCUGCUUUGAUUGCAUUCAAGAGCUACGUCCACCCAAUCGACCCGUCCUGGCACAUGCUUGGUUUGGGGUACCAGAGUAAGACAAACAUGGAGAGUGUUAAGAAAGCUGCUAUCAUUCACUACAAUCUUCUCCUUUACAGGUCUCACAGGCCAGUGCCUGUUUUGAAUUUUUUUUACGAUAUUCUAAAGAAACUUAGAUUUUUUUGCAAACAUAAUUGGAUCAGUGGUUAAUAAUUAUUAUUAAUUGAAACUUUUAUGUCCUUGAUGUGAAGUUUUAUGUGCUUUCAAAAGUAGCAAGGACGACAACAGUUGGAUUUCAUUAGGGCGAAGAAGGUCAGGUUCUUACACAACUUUAAUUUCAAAUUCAGUUUAAUUUUCAUCCAAAAUGAUAUCUAAGCCUGUUUGGAUCUUUCUUCCACCAAAACAUGAAUUCAGACCGAGUUAAUGGACUCCGUUCCUAGCAGAGGUUGAUAGAGUUGGACAUAGGCAGUAAUCUACGAUCAAAUAUCUUCCUUCGUUCAUAUUUAUUUUAUAUUUUUAAUUUUAUCUAAAACCUCAAAAUGAAUUUGCUGAACGUUGAUGCAUCUUUACCAGAUAUUUAGUAAUGUUCUCUUCUCUUUCGUAUUAGCUUUUUUUAUUUAUAGGUUUGUUUAGAGAUUAUGCAUUGUGAAUUUUAAAAUGCGCAUAUGAUGGUUAUCACGAGGGUAUGUGGCUACAUUGAGUUAUUACAUUUUGAGUUUCAUUACGAUUAUUUGUCUUUAAUGAGAUUCUAGAGGCAAAGUUGAAUUCAACACUUAAGAUUAUUUUGACUUUUUAUGAGAUUGUAGGGAUGAAGUUGAGAUGAAUACUUCACUUGAUUCAACAGAUUGUGUGUUGAUGCAUAUGGAAGCAUUAUGUGAUAUUCAUGUUGAGGUGAUGUAGUAGCCAAACAGAAGUCUCUUUGGACAUGAAGAGAAGGAUGGUUCAGUAUAAAAAAAGGUGAGAGGGAGAUGGGUUUGAUACAUUCUCGAAGUUGACAAUGGUGAAGUCGGAUUGCUGAUAACAAAAGAGAUUAGUGUCCUGAGAAUAGAGUUAUGGGAUAGGAUCGAAAUGAUAACUCUGUCCAUACACAAUGAUUUAAUUCCUGCAAUAAAAAAACUACAGACGAAGAGAUAACACCAUUUUCUUCUUUUUAUUUCAAGUUAUUUAUAUUUAAAUAAUGCUUAUAAGAUUUUUGGUACUUGGGGAUUACUGAGGUCGGAGUAAGGUGGCAACCCAAUUUUAGGGAUGAUAGAAGUGACUAAAUCCCGGACGAAGAUGCCCCCGAGCAAGGGUUUCCAUUCACCACCACCUCCUCGCCGCUGGGACCGCCGCUGAUGAUCCCGUAGCCGUACGAAGACGGGUGCAGGGGGUCGGAGAACACGACCUGGUGGUGGUUCCAAGCCGCAGCUGCAACUGCCGCCGCCGGGUAGUGCUGAUGAAAGGAGGAGCGCUGGAAGGAGGAGAAGUGGUGGGGUAAGAAGAUCACGGGAGUGAGGUGGUGGUGGUGGUCCGGGCGGCGCCUCCCGUCGAUGAAGAGACGGUCCCUAGCGGACUCGGAGGAACGGAGACAUUGACUCUUUAAAAUCUAUCCAGACUCAUAUGGAAUUAAAAUAAUACAUGAAUCAUACAAAAUCUAUGAAUUUUAAAAACUCUAAAAAUAUCUUUUCAAAUCUCAAUUGAUUACACCCCCAAGAAUCAUGAAUUAUGAAUUGAAUAAAUUUUUUUCAUUAGUUUUACACUUUUACCACUAUAUACUUCUAACCCCAAAAUGUUGGGGCAGUAGCACGAUUCUUUUUCCUUUUCCUAAAUUUUCGUCCUAAAUCAACCAACGAUUUGCUCUCGGAUUGUGUUCUUCCCCAAAUUCGAUUUUCCCUACCCGCACGGCACAUGCUCGAUCAAAUGCCUCACUCGACGUCGAGUGUCCACUUCUAAAUGCCGAUUGGGAGGAACAAUAGUAUUCAUUAGAGAUCCCUUUACGAAGGCAUUCCUGUUGAUAUUCCCGGGGAACAGUCAUGGAAGACUUCGAUUCAGAAUCAAUGAAGUGCCGGAGAGAAGUAGAGAAGGCAAUCAUGGAGAAAGUGGGGCAGGUUGUCUGCUCUAUCAAAGAUGCGAGCCGCGUGGACGAAGUUAUUGUUGCUCUUCACUCUCUUGCUGUUCUGCUGUUUCCUCUUGAUCCUCGCUCGUUCUUAGGUAGUAUUGAUGAGCGGUACCGAGAACAGGUACAAAGUGCUGUGGUGCCAGUUUCUGACAAGAGAAGUCAAUGGGAACAUAUUUUCUAUACGGGUGCUGCAUUUCGAAUGCUGGCACGAGUUUUAUUAUAUGAUGUGGCUUUGGAUUGGCUAGCAUGUUUCCCCACCUCUGCAAGGGUUCACAUCUAUGAUGUGUUUUUUACAAACAGUCAUCUCACUGAGGUCAUCCAGGCAUUAGUUCCUUGUUUACAAGGAAAAGAUAUUGGCACUCAUGAUCUCAAUGCAGUGUGCUCAAAUGUUGAAAGAUUACUAUUACUUUGCUUGUUUGAGAAUGAUGGUGCACUCCGGCUGGUUAUAGAAUUUGACACUGACUGUCGAGCCAAAGGAUCUAACCAUGAAUCUGUCCAGCAGAAUAUUGUUCGGGUGUCACAGCUUAUUACUUCUAUUCCUGACAAAGUACGAGCAAGAGCGCCUGCUUCGCUCUCAUCACCCUUAUUCUUUAAGCAUAUUGUCUCCCAACUACUUGAUGGAACAGAAGGAUUGGACAGGAAUUUAGAUGAAAAAUCUUAUUUUGAUAAAAACAAACCUGAUUUUGGCAUGUCAUUUGUUGGGCAAUCAUUUAGUCGCAUUUGUCGCCGAGGGUCCGCAGAUGUUCUGUUAAGUGAGUUAAUUCCUAGAAUCCUUAGAUGUGUUCAGAGCCUGCUAGAACCAACUGCGGAUAUGACUAUUAGAGAAGCAGUUGAGUCAAAACCUGGUCUUCGUUUUUUUCUAAAGAUAAUGGAGGCAGUUCAAGAUUCACACUCAGUAGAAAGGUUGUCUGAACAGCUUCUGAAUCAACUAGCAGCUAAACGUGUUAGAGAUGAUGAGGCAUAUUGGAUUUUAUGGAUCUUGUUUCAUCGCAUUUAUAAGGAGAAGACAUCCAUUAGAUCAAUGUUUCGAGAUAAAUUUUUGCUCUGGAAGGUAUUCCCUAUAUGUUGCUCAAGAUGGAUUCUCCACUUUGCAGUUUUUGAAUGUGUGCCUAAUAUUUCUUUGGGUACAAAAGCCGGUAGUGCCCGUGCUCAUUUGGAUACCGUCCAACACCUUGCCGUGGCAUGGUCUAAAAGAGAAUUUGUUCAAUCAGCCCCACUUGAGCAGCAAGCAUACGUUACUUCUGCUUUAGGCAUUUGCCUAGAGAAUAUGUCAAAGGAAGAUCUCGAUGCAACCAAGGAUGCAUUGCCGUCAAUUCUUCAAGGAGUUAGCGGUAGGUUGCAUAGUCCUGACCAUUUGAUACGAAAGAUGGCUAGCAAUGUUGCUUUAGCGUUUUCUAUUGUGAUCGAUCCAAAAAAUCCUCUGUAUCUAGAUGAUAGCUGUCACAGUGAGACGAUUGACUGGGAGUUUGGUUUAGGAAACCUUAAGAAGGGUUCUCCAGCUAUGCGUGAUUGCAUAGAUGAAGAAAUGAGCAUAAAAAAUGAUUCUUUAUCUACAUCAGCAACAGAAGAAUUUGAUGAAAAAGGUGAUGAUGCUAUGUCCAACAAUUUUAUGGAUAAUUGUAAGAGAUUGUCUGUAUGCAAAUUGGUUGACCCAGAUGAGAUUGUUGACCCUGCAUCACUAAUGACUCAGCUGGCUCCCUAUGAAGAGGAUGAUGACGUUGCAAAUGAAGAUUCUGAAUCCUCUAGUGAUUCAUCUCUGCAGCCAUAUGAUUUAGCAGAUGAUGGUGCAGAUUUGAAAAGAUCAUUCUCACAGUUGGUUGAUGUGAUUGGAGCACUAAGGAAGCCUGAUGAUGGCGAGGGUGUUGAACAGGCUCUUGAUGUUGUUGAGAAGCUUGUGCGAGCCUUUCCUGAUGAGCUUAAGUUUGUAGCUGGAGAUCUGGCUAGAGCACUUGUAUAUGUCCGUUGUUUUGAUUCCACUGUUGAGGGUGAGGAAGAAUCAGCUGAAGAUAAGAGAGAAAAAUCCUUAGUUGCUCUGAUCGCCACAUGUCCAAAUGAAUCUCUUAAUGAGCUAAACAGACUGAUAUAUUCUCCAAAUCUAGAUAUAAGCCAGCGUAUAUUGAUUCUUGAUGUCAUGACAGAUGCUGCUCAAGAACUUGCAAAUUCACGAACUUCAAAACCCAAACAACACUCUAGAUCCCUUGUGUCAUCCGUGUCAGACCAGCCAUGGUUUGUGCCCAAGAACAUUGGCCCACCUGGAGCAAGCUCCUGGAAGGAGAUCUCAACUCCGGGAACUCCUUUGAAUCUGUCAUAUUCUUAUGAGAGAGAGCUCCCCUCGAAACCAAGCCAGCUCAAGAGAGGGAAGACACGCCGGUGGAGCCUUCAAUCAUCACAAAAACAAGAUAACCAGCUUGAGUGGUCCUUGAAUAAGUUUCCACAAUAUGCAGCUGCAUUUAUGCUACCAGUAAUGCAGACGUUUGAUAAGAAAAGACACGGUGUUGAUUUGCUUGAUAGAGAUUUCAUUGUCUUGGGAAAGCUUAUCUACAUGCUUGGGAUUUGUAUAAAGUGUGCUGCGAUGCAUCCAGAAGCAUUUGUUUUGGCAUCUCCUCUAUUGGAUUUGCUGAGAUCAAGCAAGGUGUCUUUUCAUGAGGAAGCAUAUGUUCGGAGAUCUGUGCUUUUUGCAGCAUCAUGCAUAUUGGUUUCUCUUCAUCCCUCCUUCAUAAAAUCUGCCUUACUUGAAGGUAGUGUUGACAUUGUGAAUGGGCUCGAAUGGGUACGCACAUGGGCCCUAAGUGUAGCUGAUUCAGACACAGAUAGGGAGUGCUACACGCUGGCAUUGAGCUGCAUCCAACUCCAUAGUGAAAUGGCAUUGCAAGUUUCCCGAGCUGUUGAUUUGGCGGAAGAGAGUAACAGCGUUUUACCAUCCAAUUUUCUGAGGAGCGGCGCUAUUAAGUUCUCCUGAUUUGUGAGUUUGAAGAAUGCUUUGAGAGCUUUGAUUGGGAUUUAAUUAUUUAUUAGGGCAUUAUUCUAAAUGGAAUGCACUGAGGAUUAUUGUGUGUUGUUUAUAGCCUUAAUAAUUAGCGCUUUAAUUUGCUACCUAAUUAUUGUUAAUUGUUUGAAAUUUGCCUGGCUAGUUUUUGAUCCAUGCACUGCAAAAUUACUAACGUUUGUUGUCCAAAUAUACGUGUAGAAUACUG